ACGCCACCCAGGAAGAACCGCCCUCACUUCUGCGAAGUUUGUCGGGUAGCUUAGCGAAUGGAGUCGAGAGCUAGAAGUAAACACAAGUGGCCUUAGAAUGUUUUAACGUUUUUCCCGCUGAUGAACAUAAGAUCUAUGAGAUGGAUGAUAUCAAUUUACACUACAGAUUUAUGAACUGGCGGCGCAGGAUCAGAGAAAUCAGGGAAGUCCGUGCUGUUCGUUAUCAAGAGCGAUACAAACGAAUGUUGAAGAAUGGAGACACGCUAAGUUACCAAGGGAACUCUGAUGAAGUUGGCUGUUAUGUGGCUCCACGCCCCUUAUCAAAGGGAAACUGUUACUUCGAGGUGACCAUUAUGGAUACUGGAGUUAGAGGGACCAUUGCUGUUGGCCUGGUUCCCCAGUAUUACAAACUUGACCAACAGCCUGGCUGGCUUCCACAUUCAAUAGCUUAUCAUGCUGAUGAUGGAAAAUUGUACAACGGCAACACUGUCGGUCAGCAGUUUGGUCCUAAAUGUAACCGCGGUGACCGAAUUGGUUGCGGUAUCUAUGCAGACACUUUCGAUGCCGGACUCGUCACUGUGUUUUUCACAAAGAAUGGAAAGGAGGUAGGGUCAGUGGUGGUGCCGGUGGUUCCAGAUGGGCUUUUCCCUGCCAUUGGCAUGCACUCCCUUGGUGAAGAGGUACGGUUGGACCUGCAGGCAGAAUGGGGUUCGGAGGAGGACGACAGCGUCAUGAUGGUGGACAGCCAUGAGGAUGAAUGGGCACGCCUGUAUGACGUCAGAGUAAGCGCCACGCUUCUGGAAUAUGUUGGGAAAGGGAAGAGCAUCAUGGACGUGGGUCUGGCUCAGGCCCGGCAGCCCCUCACGACACGAAGUCACUACUUUGAAGUGGAAAUUGUGGAUCCCGGAGAGAAGUGCUACAUCGCCCUGGGCCUGGCAAGAAGAGAUUACCCAAAGAACAGGCAUCCGGGAUGGAGUCGAGGUUCUGUUGCAUAUCACGCAGACGAUGGGAAGAUCUUCCAUGGAAGUGGAGUAGGAGACCAGUUUGGCCCUCGCUGUUUUGAAGGGGACAUCAUGGGAUGUGGAAUUAUGUUUCCUCGGGACUAUGUGCUGGACUAUGAAGAUGAAAUGGACGACUGGGAUGCUGCUGAUGUACGACCAAAGCAGGGGCAUGUUGAAAACAUGCUGUAUUUGAAUGAUGAGGAUGAGGAAGAGGGAGAUGAUCCGGAACAAGAACAUGAGGGCCUAAAGGUCAUGGUGUUCUUCACCCGGAACGGCAAGAUUAUCGGCAGGAGGGAAGUAGUUGUCCCGGCAGGAGGUUUUUACCCCACUAUCGGGAUGCUCAGCAGCGGAGAAAAGGUGAAGGUGGACCUCCAUCCUCUCAGCGGAUAAUAAACCAGGAACUGCACAUCUCCAAUCCCGCCGUCAGCCACAAACAAGAUAGAAAAGACCCAAAAAAUUAUGCUGAGAUUUCUGUUCUCUUUCUUUUGUUUCAAGGCACUUCAAAAUGCAAGUUUAACACGUCUAAAACACGUUCACUCCAAUGCAUGUUUCGUCUAAAGCAUUCGCCUCCGCUUAAAACGGUUUACUGUGAAACCACAUAGAGGGCUUUGUGGCAUGAAAUGGUUAAUAUUAGGCCUCAGAAGAACCGUUUAACUGGUGACCGAAAUAAUAUUGAUACAUUUGAUUACAAAUGAGUAGAAAAUAUUAAAUUAUAUAUUUUUAAUGUACAUGUACAUAUGUAAAUUUACGUAUAGGCUGCUAUACAAACAUUUAUUUAGCUAAAUCAAUCAUGAAUAUUAAUAAACAGCUGGACAUCCUAAAGAAAGUUAAAGAUAAGGGUGUUGAUUAUUAAUCAAAUUAUACAUAUAUAUAAAAGGUGUAAUAAUGUUAAAAACAACUUCACAGUUUUCCACAAGCACUCCCUGUCACAAAGGACUUGUGUUGGUGAUGAAAGCAUAUUAUGGUUAUUUUUCUUAUUGUGAUUCAUUUUGAAUCAUCAUAAUAGUUGUCCGAAAAUGAAUUGGGAGGAAGGUGUUUUGCCAGUAAAUAACAUGAAGUAAUUGCUAAUUGUGACAUCAGCGGAAGCGAGUUGUAUUGUCUCCUGUUGUGUAUCAUACACUCUCAUCCGUCAUCAGGAAACAUGAUUCAGUAUCUCCAGACCUGAGAGAGCAAGACCGGAAGAGAACACACUCAAUCGGCUACUUCAUGUUUAUUUGUCAGUGAAUGCAUCUGAAACCAUAUAUGUUAUUUAGUUCAGGCUUUUCUGUAAAUGUAGAUUUUUGUGAAUGUAGAGUUUGUGGAUGUUUUCAGGAUAUUUCAGGGCAGACGGCACAUUGGGAGUCGAGUCAGAAAACAUGGAGCUUUUUAUUCAGGUAUUGUCCACUGUAAUGUGAACUAGUCUGGUUCACAAAUGCCACAAGCACUUUAGAGACGCCUCAACUUAAGCUGAUAGUCCGAUGGGCGAGCGGCUGUAAUGCUACGCUCUAGACUUCUCAACAGAUGCCACUUUGCACACCUCGAUGUUGCAAUAAUGCCCUUCCUCUUCUGUCCUGUUGCAUAUCACAUAUGGAACAAAAUGGUUUCAUAUUACAUACAUUGCCAAAUUUAUUGUAUGAUUGAUCCCUUUCAAUAUAGUUUCUCCUUCAU